AUGUACAAAGCAUUGCCACAAUCAUCAAACCAUCAUGCCUGUGGUCAACCUGGAUUUUACAGUAAACAGGAACUCAAGCCUCACCUUCAGAGGCCUCUCCAGGAUCCCAGGGCACCGGGCGCAAAUGGUAAAGCCUUCGUGUCAAGCUGGAUGACUUCUGAGGAGCAAAAAGAGAAGUUACGUGGAUUCAUUAAAAACCAGUUCAACCAGUUUGCCAGUGAUCAUAUCUCCGUGCACCGUGAUCUGGGGAAAGACACUCGACACCCAGAUUGCUUGGAACAGAAGUUUUGCCAUUGUCCUGGCCUCCCCACCACCAGCGUGAUCAUCGUGUUUCAUAAUGAGGCCUGGUCCACUCUGCUGCGGACCGUCUACAGUGUCUUACACACAGCUCCUGCUGCCCUGCUCACAGAGAUCUUACUGGUGGAUGAUGCCAGCACAGAUGAUCACUUGAAGACUCGCUUGGAUGAAUAUGUGCAGCAGCUGAAUAUAGUGCAUGUGUUACGUCAGAGAGAGAGAAAAGGCUUAAUCACAGCCAGACUGUUGGGGGCACAGGCUGCACAAGGAAAGGUCCUCACCUUCCUGGACUCCCAUUGUGAAUGCUUCCCUGGAUGGUUGGAGCCUCUUUUAGCUCGGAUAGCAGAAAAGCCUACUGCUGUGGUGAGCCCAAAAAUCACCAUUAUUGACCGAGAUAACCUAAAGUUUAGUAAACCACAUCAUGAACCCUAUCACAUUCGAGGGAAUUUUGACUGGAAUCUCAAAUUUGGAUGGGAGAUUGUCCCUGAAGAGGAGGAGGAGCAAAGGCAGAAGGAAACACAGCCUAUCCGAACCCCUACCUUUGCUGGUGGUCUUUUCUCUAUAUCCAAAUCAUACUUUGAGCAUAUUGGGAGUUAUGAUGACCAGAUGGAGUUCUGGGGAGGGGAGAAUUUGGAAAUGUCUUUCAGGGUCUGGCAAUGUGGAGGUCAGCUGGAGAUUAUUCCUUGUUCUGUUGUAGGGCACAUUUUCCGCACAAAAAGCCCCCACACUUUCCCCAAAGGUGUCUCUGCGAUCACCCGCAACCUGGUCCGCUUGGCCGAGGUCUGGAUGGACGACUACAAAUGGAUCCUCUAUCGUGCAAAUAGAAAGGCUGCUUACAUAUUUAAAGAGAAUUUAUUUGGAAAUAUUACUGCACGUCAUAAACUCAGAGAGAGAUUAAAGUGCAGGAACUUCUCUUGGUACCUGAAGAAUAUUUACCCAGAGGCCUACGUGCCUGACAUCAGGCCUGUCAUACACGGACAGUUGCAAAACACUGGUUGGAGGUGCUGUCUGCAUGUGAAAAAGAAAACUAAGAAAGUGAAACCAGUUAAAAUGUUAAAAUGCAACAGUGAAUGUGCAGCGCAGCAUUUUGAGUACACAUCCCAGAAAGAGCUACGGCUCAGCACUGGCAUGUUUGAGUUGUGUUUACAUGCGACCCCUGGAAGAGCUCUGGUGUCUCUAGAACGGUGUCAGCUGAGGGGGAAAGUAACCAAAGCCACCCCUGAACAAGUAUGGAUCUUCACACAGACACAUCUGAAGAACCCCUCAUCAGGAAAAUGUUUGACAAUAGUAAGAGGAAUCGUGAUGGUGACUACCUGCAAAUCCACCAGUGUCGGUCAAAGCUGGGACUUCAUCUGA